GGGGUUGCAUGACACCGUGUGUUUCCGGUUUAGUGAAUGUGUACAGCGGCAUUCGAUUCUUCUUUCUUGAAACCCAGUAGAGCAGUCUCACCGACUCCCGACUCCUUUACCUGUUUCCCCCCAUACGGCGUGUUUAAAUCUGCGAAUAUGGCAUCAUCUGCAUCCUCACAGGCACAAACAAACGCUGCUCCAGUUUUGCAAAGAGGGAUUGUAAAAAUGGUGCUGUCCGGGUGCGCCAUCAUCGUGAGAGGCCAGCCGCGCGGGGGCCCCCCCCCGGAGCGCCAGAUCAACCUCAGCAACGUCCGAGCCGGGGCGCUGGCCCGCCGCGCAGCCCAGAGCCAGCCCGACACCAAGGACACCCCUGACGAGCCCUGGGCCUUCCAGGCCCGCGAGUUCCUGCGGAAGAAGAUGAUCGGGAAGGAGGUGUGCUUCAGCGUGGAGAUAAAGACGGCCCAGGGCAGGGAGUACGGCAUGGUGUACCUCGGAAAAGACACCACGGGGGAGAACAUCGCUGAGUCCCUGGUCUCAGAGGGCCUGGCCACAGUGCGCAGAGAGGGCAUCCGAAGCAGCCACCCUGACCAGGCCAGGCUGUGCGACCUGGAGGACCAGGCGAAAGCGUCCAAAAAAGGGAUGUGGUCGGAAGGGGGCGGGGCCCACACCAUCCGCGACCUCAAGUACAGCAUCGAGAACCCGCGCAACUUCGUGGACUCCCUGCACCAGAAGCCCGUGAACGCGAUCAUCGAGCACGUCCGCGACGGCAGCGUCGUCCGAGCCCUCCUCCUGCCCGACUGCUACCUGGUCACCGUCAUGCUAUCCGGCGUAAAGUGCCCCACCUUCAAGCGGGAGGCGGACGGGACGGAGUCGCCCGAGGCCUUCGCCGCCGAGGCCAAGUUCUUCACCGAGUCGCGGCUGCUCCAGCGGGACGUGCAGAUCAUCCUGGAGAGCUGCCCCAACCAGGUCAUCCUGGGCACCAUCAUGCACCCGAACGGGAACAUCACAGAGCUGCUGCUGAAGGAGGGCUUCGCCCGCUGCGUGGACUGGUCCAUGGCGGUGUACACGCAGGGCGCCGACAAGCUGAGGGCGGCCGAACGGUCAGCCAAAGAGCGCAAGGUCAGGAUCUGGAAGGACUACGUGGCCCCCACUGCAAACCUGGAUCAGAAAGACCGGCAGUUUGUGGCAAAGGUGAUGCAAGUGGUGAACGCAGACGCCAUCGUGGUGAAGCUGAACUCGGGCGAGUGCAAGACCAUCCACCUGUCCAGCAUCCGGCCCCCCAGGAUCGAGGGAGAAUCCAAUCAGGAGAAGAACAAGGACAAAGACAAGAGGUUCCGGCCCCUGUAUGACAUCCCGUACAUGUUCGAGGCCCGGGAGUUCAUGAGGAAGAAGCUCAUCGGGAAGAAGGUGAACGUGACGGUGGAUUACAUCAGAGCCGCCACCGCCGCCUCAGACCUGGGCGGGGGCUCCAUCCCGGCCUUCCCAGAACGCACCUGUGCCACCGUCACCAUUGGCGGAAUCAACAUCGCCGAGGCGCUCGUCAGCAAAGGGCUGGCCACGGUGAUCCGGUAUCGCCAGGACGACGACCAGAGGUCCUCCCACUACGACGAGCUGCUCGCCGCCGAGGCCAGGGCCAUCAAGAACGCCAAAGGGCUCCACAGCAAGAAGGAGGUUCCCAUUCACCGGGUGGCCGACAUUUCUGGGGAGACGCAGAAGGCCAAGCAGUUCCUGCCCUUCCUGCAGCGGGCGGGCCGCUCGGAGGCGGUGGUGGAGUACGUGUUCAGCGGCUCCCGGCUCAAGCUCUACAUGCCCAAAGAGACCUGCCUCAUCACCUUCCUCCUCGCCGGUGAAGCGGUUGCUAUGGUGAUCCUGCAUCAGGAGGAGCAACCCGACUUCCUGUCGAACCGUUCGGCCAAGUCCCUGGCCGUGUCUGGGAAAGGGGGCUUUGAUCUUCUGGUGGAGGUGGAGGUGGAGAGCAUGGACAAAGCGGGCAACUUCAUCGGCUGGCUGCACAUCGACGGGGUGAACCUGUCGGUGGCCCUGGUGGAGCACGCCCUGUCCAAGGUGCACUUCACCGCCGAGCGCAGCUCCUACUACAAGACCCUGGUGUCCGGGGAGGAGGCCGCCCGCCUGCGGAGGGAGAAGGUGAGUCUUACCUCUAGCGGAUUGCGAGCCAAGUGGCACAUCAUGCUUUGGGUGAACAUAGGAGCCCAGCUGGAGAGCCUGAUGGAGACCAUGAGGGGGGAGAUCGCCGCCCACCCGCCCGUGGAGGGGUCCUACAUGCCCCGCCGAGGGGACUACUGCAUCUCCAAAUUCGCCGACGGGGAAUGGUACAGAGCGCGAGUAGAGAAAGUGGAAUCUCCAGCCAAAAUCCACGUGUUCUACAUCGACUACGGCAAUAGGGAGACGGUCCCGUCCACCCGCCUUGCAGCCCUGUCCCCCGCCUUCAACGUGCGGACCCUGCCGGCCCAGGCCACCGAGUACACCUUCGCCUACAUCCAGGUCCCGC